AAAGUGAUUUCCCUUCCCUAAUCCUAAACCCUCGUUUUCGUUUCCUCCUGUUUCCCUCUUGCUGAAAAUUUUUCCCUUCUUGCAGCCAUAAGAGAGAAAAUAAGUAAUUCAAAUAUCUAACUCCAACCUUGGCUCCUUAAAUGGCGAAGCGGGAGCUCUCCAGUACUUUGAGGGGCUUGAAGUUCAUGCAAAGGGCAGCUCAGAGAGAGGUGAAAGUGGUGAAGGAAGAAGAGGUUAAACCUGAAGGAAUUAAUAGUAUUGCUAGAAAAUGUGUGGUCAUUAUGGAAGGGGAUCCUCGUCCAGGAGCAACUGUUGGGCGGAUGUCAUUUCAAAGUUUCAAUCCUUCUAUUGAUAAACUGAAUGAACCGGCAUCAAAUGAUUGUAGACCAGAUGCCAGUGGUGGAAGAGCCUCAUCUAGUGAAAAUGGAUAUGAAUCUGAAGCAACCGACUGCUCAAAAGUUGGCACUGAUAAACACAAAGGUAAUGGAGACCUUAAGAGAAAACAGUCCGACAUGGUUUCGAAACCAGCUUAUCCGAAUAAAUCACCAAAAAACGGUAAUGCUGUUCAGUCAUCACCAAGCAGCAGCAAAGCCGCCUCCACAAAGCAGUCAAAGCAUGAGAAGCUAGACUGGAAUGUUCUUAAGCCACCAAAGCCUAAUCGGUGAUCCAAAUUUUGAAAUUGUCUUCAACAGAGCGAGCACAUUAAUAUUUGUUUUCAUGCUCCCUAAAGUCUGUAACUUUGUUGUCAUAUUAUUAAAGAUCAGCUUAUUUUCAGAUUU